CCUAAGCUUAGAGAAUUCAAGUCUAGACCCUUUCCACAGCCAUGAGAAUUAGGAGCCCGACUUUGAAGCAGCUUUGAAGAUAAUUUGGCUGAUAGUACCACCUGUUAAUAAUGCUGGGAGCCCUACCUCUGCUGUUCGCAGUUGCUUCAUUGGGUCUAGUGCUGCUAUCCCUGCAGCUAUUGCUGAGACACCGGUGGUGCUGGGGAUUAUUAGCCAUCAUCUGGACUGAGCGGGUCCUCCAGCCAAUCCGCAACCUGAUCAUGGGUGACACUAAGGAGCAGCGUAUCCUACGCCACGUGCAGCAGAAUGCAAAACCUGGGGACCCCCAGAGUGUGCUGAAGGCCAUUGAUACUUACUGUACGCAGAAGGAAUGGGCCAUGAAUGUGGGUGAUAAGAAGGGCCAGAUUAUGGAUGCUGUGAUUCGGGAGCACAACCCCUCCCUCGUGUUGGAACUGGGGGCCUACUGUGGCUACUCAGCUGUACGCAUGGCCCGCCUGCUGCCACCUGGUGCACGGCUACUCACCAUGGAGAUGAACCCUGACUUUGCUGCUAUCACUCAGCAGAUGGUAGAUUUUGCAGGUCUGCAGGACAAGGUCACUGUUCUGGUUGGGGCAUCUCAUGACCUCAUCCCCCAGCUGAAGAAGAAGUAUGAUGUGGACACAUUGGACAUGGUCUUUCUUGACCACUGGAAGGACCGAUACCUACCAGACACACUCCUCUUGGAGGAAUGUGGCCUGCUGCGGAAGGGGACAGUACUUCUGGCUGACAAUGUCAUCGUCCCAGGAACACCUGAAUUCCUGGCACAUGUGCGUGGGAGCAGCAGCUAUGAGUGCACACAUUAUAGCUCAUACCUGGAAUACAUGAACGUGGUGGAUGGCCUUGAGAAGGCUAUAUACAAGGGCCCAGGCAGCCCAGUGCAGCCUUGAUUACUUACCCUGCUCUGGGCUCCCCUGCCAAGCCUGGUCCUCCAAAGGGCAAGAUAGACAAACUUUUGCUAACACCAUUUCUAUGAUUCUGGGAACUGUCCUCAAAUCCAAAGCAUACUUUAGGCCUGUGAGGCCUGGGCCUUGCACAUAGUGACCUCUCUGUAAUAGGUUCAUUGUGUGAAAAUACUGCUGAUAAAGCUAAAUUGAGGGAAGUAAGGAUAUAGCUUAGAGCAUUUGCCUAGUGUACAUGAAGCCCUGGAUUCCAUCCCUAGCAACACACACACAGACACACACAGAGACCAGAUUGGGGCAGGUGGCAUCUUUGAUGGUGUCACUGACCAGCAAGUGGAAUUCGGGGCUGGGGUUGUGGCUUAGUGGUAAUGUGCUUGCCUAGCACGUGUGAGGCACUGGGUUCAAUCCACAGCACCAUAUAAAAAUAAACAAAUAAAAUCCUUUAGGGUUUCUACAUCAUCCUCAGGCAUUGACACUUCCCAGGAAGGGAUGUGGAAAAUAUCUGGAAACUGCUGUGCCUUGCACUCAGGAUGUUCUCAAGGCUUGCUGUCACCAGGUGGCAGCAAUGCCUUAGUAACUACCACAACUAACAACUCACAUCACACUUCUGACUGCUGAAUUUUCACGUUCUUUUUAAGAAUGAAUCAUAACUGCUUUACUAAAAUUGGCUAGCUGCAAUAAUCUUAUACUAAAAUCAUGUUUAAAAGAUAAAAUAGAAAUUAAAGUUUAAAUAUUUAGAUACAAGAUAACUGAGUAUUGUUCUCAACUGCCACACUGCUCCCUCUUUCCCAGUACCCUCAGCUUUAACACCAAACAUGCCAAGUUCUUCUUGAUGAAAUGCUUAUGCUACAGGCUGGGCUCAUGGCUGGCUGGGUCCUGGGUCCCCAGCCUGGGGACCCCUGGCCACAGCAGUGGAGGGGGAACCAGCCCUGCUCAGUAUUGCUCCUCCUAGCCAAGUCAUGGGCACCUAGUAGCCCUACAAUGCCAUCUGCCUGCCCAAAAAAACAAGAGAGAAAUUGGCCAGCCUUCAUCCAUCUCUAAGCAGGUCCUGGGUAGAGGUGAACACAGGGCUGUGCAAAGCGCCUGACCCCCUGGACCCACAUGUGGCACUGAGUGUAAGUACCUCCCUUCCUAGUCCCACUCAGCUUGAUUUAAUGUAAAGGAAGGCAGACUCAGCCUAGCCAGGCAUUUCUGCUGGUUGCCCAGCUACAAAGGGGUGAAGCAGUUAAUUUGUAUUUCCCUAAAUACAGAGCUGCUCCAGCCCCCAACGUGGCUCUGAGGCCCCAAUUCCCCCAAGUGAUCAGAUAACUGGCCACCCAGCAGGGUCCCAGUUCCUAUACUGGAUACAAAGAUAAACCCUGUCUGGGCUGAGCUCACCUGUGCCAAUUCCUGGUUUCAGGGCCAGCUAACCACCCAUAAGCCAGCCCACUCCUCUGAGCAUAAAGAAAAGGGAUUAGCAAGGAGACAGGUUGAAUGGAUAUAGAGAAAUACCCAAAAGGCAGGAGCAGACCUUGCACUGAUCAGCCUGUACCCACUCAGGGCUGAGGGAGAAGCCAGUGGCUUGGGACAAGGGAGCUGAGCCACACAAGACAGAGAGUCCCUUUGUUGCUUUUUUUAAUUUUUAAUUUUCUUACAAAAAUUUAGAUGUUUACCAAUACAGUCGUAUUUUGGUUUCGUUUU